AUGUCCCGAUCGAUAUUAUCUAAAUUAUUAGUACUUGGAGCUAUACUCUCAGUAGCGUACGCUAGGGAUUUAGAUUGUCCAGAAGAUCCAUAUGCUGAUCCUCAACAUGAUACAUGUAAUCCACUUCGAUACAUACCUAACAAAGCAAUAAAUAUAGCUGCUGCAGUAUUAUAUUUCGUUGUAGCUGCUAUAUUGACUUUCCAUUCAUUCAAGCCUGGACAAAGAGCCAACUGGUUCAUGUGUUUGGUAAUCGGAUCAUGGUGUGAAGGUAUUGGAUUAGUAUUGAGAGUGGCUUUCAGAUCGAAUCCUCAUGGAACGGGUUUAUACAUUGUCCAAUAUCUAUUCGUCGUUUUAUCACCUUGUGCUUUUUUAGCUGGAGAUUAUAUCCUCCUAGGUAGAUUAGUAUCUUUCUUAGGUAAAAAUGUACAUCUGAGACCAUUAAAAGCCAAAUGGGUUUCAUGGGCAUUCAUCAGUUCUGAUAUCGCUACUUUCCUCAUCCAAGCUGCAGGAGGUGGAUUAUCGAUUUCGAAGCAAAUCAAAACUGCCGAAGCGGGAGGUAAUAUCUUCUUAGCUGGUAUCGCCGCUCAAAUGGCAAGUUUCUUGUUAUUCACUGUCAUGUGGAUCAUCUUCGGUCUCAGAGCCUGGAAAAACGAUAAAGAGUUAUGGAAUCAACCAGGUUGGAAACCAUUGUACUGGGCGAUGGGUUUCACUUGUAUUUGCUUUAUCAUUAGAAGUAUUUUCAGAACUGUUGAAUUGAGUCAAGGAUACAUCGGGUACUUGGCAACACAUGAAAGGUUCUACUUGGGAUUCGAUACAUUACCUCUAUUAUUAGGUGUGGCUACUUAUUGUAUAUUCUGGCCAGGAAAAUACCUUCAGUUCGCUCCUACCAUCAAGAAAAAGAAGAGAAAUCAAGUUGAAUCUGCUGAAAACGGUUUGCCGAUGGAUGAACAACCUCACAAUGAUGGACUAACAGGACAAGAACCAAUCCAUAAUGGAUCAAUCGUAAAUAGAAUCAAUGGAGAGAAGGUAUAG